UCUUGGUUCCACUUUGCCAGUUCUGCGUGUUGUGACUUGUUGUCUUCAUGAAAAUCCUGUCAAGUUUUUACUGGUGAACGAAACACUUCAUUGUGAAUUGUUAGAAUAAUUCUUGAGCAGCGCCAUGUCGCUCGUGCCGAGACCCCGCCAGGAUUGCAGCGAGAAACAGUUGGGGAAGCUGUCGUUAUCCGACACGAAGCUGCCGUUUCGUCACCAGGAGUUCUCUGGCCGUAGUUCUCUGGGCAACAAGAACAUGUCGUCGUUGGAAGGGGAGCAUAACGCUAACGCUGUGGCGCGACACUUCUCGGGUGGAUUCGGGCUUCUGCAGGCAGGGAAUGUAGCGGAGAAUCUGGUGGCGGCCUUCCUGGGCGCCCACCGGCGCGUGCUGCAGAAGGUGCGGAUUCUGCCGAAUGCGCAGCAGCUGUUGGACGUCUGCGAGGGCUACCGGGGGGACGUCUUCGCCUUGCUGGCCGGCCGGUUCCUCCCCAGUUUGCCUUCUAUGUGGACAACGGCGGCCGCACCAUCCUUCGCUCCGGCCUUCCCCGGCCUGGAUUUCUCACUGCGUAAUAAUUUUGGUACGGAAUGUUGGGUCAUUGCCGUAAACAGCGGUUUGUAA